UUGACGAAUAAAUUCUGACGUAUUCGUUUACUCAACUUUUGCCGUUUUUGCAUUGUGAAUACAAUAUUUUGAGUCAUCAUUUGUGUUAUAAAUACUCAGGAAUAAAGCAAAUCCAAUAAGAUGGGUUUAACAAUUUCAAGUGUUUUCACCAGGCUCUUUGGAAAAAAACAAAUGCGUAUUUUAAUGGUUGGACUCGAUGCCGCUGGCAAAACCACAAUACUGUACAAGCUGAAGCUCGGUGAGAUUGUGACGACGAUACCGACAAUAGGUUUCAAUGUAGAAACCGUAGAGUACAAGAACAUCAGCUUCACAGUUUGGGAUGUCGGCGGCCAGGACAAAAUCCGCCCACUGUGGCGCCACUACUACCAAAACACACAGGGACUUAUCUUUGUUGUUGAUUCAAGUGAUACCAAGAGAAUAGCAGAAGCCGAAAACGAACUAGCAAAUAUGUUGAAAGAAGAUGAGCUAAGAGAUGCUGUAAUCCUAGUUUUUGCUAACAAGCAGGAUAUGCCAAAUGCCAUGACAGCCGCUGAACUGACCAAUGCCUUGAAUCUAAAUAACUUGAGGAACCGCCAUUGGUACAUCCAAGCAACAUGUGCAACUCAAGGACAAGGAUUAUACGAAGGAUUAGACUGGCUUUCAAAUGAAUUGGCUAAGAAGUGAAAUUCAUUCUAGCAAAUAGAGAGAAGUAAAACAUUCAUUAAAAUGACUAGAAUGAAGACAUGUUGUGAAUGUUAUAUAAUAUUUAUAUUUAAUCAUAUUAUUUAUAAACAUUUUUCAGUAUAACUCUGUUGUUAAUGGUACUGAAAAUGGCAACACUGUGGGCUUUGUGGGCAGAAACAAUUGACAACUAUGUCUUUGUAACAAUAUAAAUUAUAAUCAAACAAUUGUGUGCAAAUUAUGAUAGCACCAAUCAAUAUUUGACAUUAGAUAUUAAUUUCAAAUGCAUGAUUGCCAAUUGCUCUGCAGCCUCAAGUUUUCAUUAUUAUAAAACUGUGACUGAAUUUUGUUACGAUUUGCAAUAUAAUGUAAGAAUUCAAGGACAUUAUCAUUUCCAAUAUGCUAAACUUGUACACCAAAACAGAUGUUCACUAUAUUGUUGAUUGAACACCCACUCCAUAUCCAUUAUUAGAAUUUAGAGUAAAUGUAGAUUUUUAUAUUGCAUUUUAGAUUGCAACAUGUUAUACUGUCAUUUUAGUAUAUUUCCGAAGAUAUUUAUCAUUUACGAUAGUUAUUUCUAAAUUCAAUUGACUGGGGUGAUUUUUAUUAUUUGCCUAGUAGAGUUGUAACUUUAUCAUACUUUAUUCACUUCAAGGUUUUGUUAAAAAUUUAUAAGUAGCCCAAAAGUUCUUGUUAUGGUAGCUCAUUCCUUGAAUGCGAUGCCUUUUCGGAAGAUCAGCUUACUUUAUUUUGUGUUUAAGUUGUAGAAUAUAAUAGCGUUUUAUGCAUAGACUUUAUGAUGAUAGUAAUAAAGUUUUCUAUAAAAAUAUGAAUACUUGUGUGAGCAUUCCAAAUUUUUUGUAAAAAGUAUUUGUAUCUUUAUUAUAUUAUCAAAUAACUUAUUCGUAAAUCAUUAGCAGACAGGUUGAAUGCCCCAAUAAAUGAAUUAUUAUAAAAAUCAUGAAAUACACGAAAUUAUCAUACAAUUAGAAUAAAACAAGUCUGCACAAAUAAUGAAGCAUGAGUAUUUAUAAGGCAUUAUUUUCUUAUUUAAAUAUUUUAUU